AAAAUUUGUAAAAAAAAAAACUUUUAAUUUAUCUUUUUAAUUGAAAAUUAGCUAAUAAGAAGUAUUAUCAUUUAAUCUAUUUCAUAUUUUUAAAUGAAGAACUCUGAAUUAUUUAAAAAUGAUAGUGAUAGGAGAAAAGAAUAUGAUAGAAACUUCCAUUCUAUCAAGUCGUUUACUGUAGAUUUAAAUAAGCUAUAUCAAGUAUAUCAAACAAGAGAUUAUGAUGCAAAAUAAGCAUGGAUGUAUAUUUUUGAUUAUGUGUGCCUCACAAAAAUAAAAAAUUAAAAGGAUUGCUUCCGUAAGACGGCUAUUAAAUUUUAUAAAAACUAUUUUCCUGAAUAUAAAUAUUUUAAAGAGAAUUAUAGAGAUUAUAAUGCAUUUAGGAAUUUACCAAAUAGAAAAAACUAUUUAAUAAGGAUCAAAAAGAAAUCUUCAAUGAGGAUUUAUGAAUAAAAUUUUUAGCAUGACAUCGAAAAUAUUUUGCAAGAUUAAGAACCAGAAGAUGGUAAAGAUCAUGAGAUUAUUUUUUAAUUAAAGAUACUCAUUAAAGAUCUGUUAUAAAUAACUUACAAUUCAUUUUAUAACGAAAGUUUAAUUUUGAAUAAUUCUAGAAUAUUAGAGUAUUGCUUUUAGCUGCUUAAAUAUCUUGAGAUUGAAUAUUUUUAUUGUUGCAUAGCCUUUAAAAUAAAGAAUGAAUAGGAAUUACUAGAAAGAAUCACAUGUAUUUUAAGAAGAUAUUAUCACUUUUGGGUUGAGCUUCUUUUCGAAACAUAUUGCUAUAGUUAUUGGAAGUAAGAAUAAACUAAAAAAAAUAACAGUGUUGAUUAGAAAAAUUAAAAUGCAUCAUAAAGGGAAAAGACUUAUGAGGACAUAUUUUUAGAAAAAAAUAAAGAAAUUAAUGAGAGAAUUGAAAAAUUUAAAAACAAUAAUGGCUUAUGUAAAAAAUAAUAAUUUUUUGAGCAAAAAAAUCUUCCUAAUGAGAUCGAAGAAUAGCAAAAAAAUGAAACUUAUGAUUUUAGUUUUUUAGAGUUUAACCAACAAGAUGAAUUUGAUGAUGAGACUUUGAAGUAACGCUUUUAAAGGUUUGAUUUAAAAAUAACCGAUAUUUUAGAUUACUAUCCUUUCCUUUAAGCUAAAUAAAAUUCAAAUCGUAUUGAAAUUAUAUAAGAUUAAUAAAGUAGAUAAGGUGAGUAUACAAUUUUUUUAGAUAAUAUAUAACUGUUAGCUAAUACAAACAUAAAUAUAAUAUACGAAUUUAUUUGUGCUGAAUAUUCUAAUUGGUCAUACUACUAAGGUCCUUAUACAAUUAUUAUUUAGCUUUUUAGCUUUUUAAAAAAAGCAUUGGAAAAAAAGUCAAUAUUAAUUGCAAUAGUAGAAACUUAUUAAAAUUUUAAAGACUCAAAUAACUUGAAGAUAAUAUAUGAGCAUGAUAGAGAAAACAAUUAAUUUUUCUUAAAAUAAAAAUUUAAAAAUAAAUAAUUUGAAUUUAAGGAUGAAGAAGAAACUGAUGAAGAGUAUGAUUUAGAAGAUGAUUAAAUUAAUAAUCAUGAUGAUAUACAUAAUAUAGAAAAGCAAAGUAGAAGCUAUGAUGAUCUACAAAUUAAGGAGGAUAACAGAAAAAGAAAAGAAAAAAUAUCAAGAAUUAUUGAGAAAAUAAUAAAUUAAAUUCUUUAGAAUAAUUGCUAGAAACUAACUCAAAUCUUUGCACUUUAUCUAAAAGAUGAAAAUAUCUAAAAAAUUGGAUAUAAUAUUCAAAAAAUGUUCUUUAUUUUUUAAUUUGACGGAAUUUAAUUUUAAAAAAUACAAAUGGAUGACAACAGUAAGCUAAUUUAUGAGUAUAACUUAGAUGAUGCUCUUGCUUUUGAUUUACAGCUCUUUAUUUGUUAGGAGUAAAGCAAAAUAUAUUAAUAGUAAGAAACCGUUAAAUCUUAAACCUCCUCUUUGCCAGCUUUAAAAUCUGAUGAAGAUAACUAAAAUAAUCAUAAGCUAGAUAUUAAAGACGAUUAAAAAGAAAUAACUAAGAAUGAUGAUAGUAUUGACCUUGAGGAAAAGUUUGAAGAAAAAGAAACUAGGGCAGCUUAAAAUUUUUAUGAGUCUUGCUUUUAAGUGAAACAUUAAUCCAAGGGAUAUAUCAUGCCUAUUCCUUAUGAAAAUUUAACUUUUCCACCAAUUAUAAAUGAGCCAGUAAUUCUUCCUGAAUAUAAUGACAUUUAAAAGGGAACUGAGCAUUUAUUUGAUGGUUAUUUGUUAAAGCCUUAAUAAUAAUUAGCAUAAUAAUAUAAAUCAAGAACAUUUUCUACUGUUUCUAAUGCCUAUUCUAAUAAUUCAUAACAAAAAAAAAUAUAAUAUCCCUUUAAAGAUGAAGAAUAGAUUUGUGACAUCAGAAUUUUUAAAAGUUUAGCCUAAAAUGUUGCAAAAAGUAUUAUCUCUGAUUAUAAAGGUCCAUAGUCAAAAUAAACUGAUUUCGACUAUAACUUGCAGCAAUAUUUUUACUCUUUUAGUGAAGCAAAAAGAUGA